UCCUUCGGCACCACAGUCGAUAUCAUCGGAAUCGCUGAUUUGCCGGCUCAACCUUUUUGCUGGCCAGCUCUAUUUCUCCAGUUACAAGAUGUAUCUCCGCACUUGCAGUUUCUUAGGGCUCAACGCACCAGAUCUAGGGAAUGAGGAGUUGAUAGCCGACAGCGACGGGUUCAUCAGCGAGGAGAAUCGCCCUUCUGCGAGAGCAUCGUGCUCAUUCAAGCAAUCCCAGCUUCCGCCACUCGGAAAGAUGCUCAAUGGCCGCAUUCUGACAGAAGAAGAUUUUAUUGACUGAGCGCCGGGUCUAUUUAGC